CGAGGUGUCGCCACAUUUGUGAUAGGGAAUCAGUAUCAAAAUGGCUUCGGGCGUGAGAUUUGGUCUCCUGGCAGCACUUUGCUGUUUAUAUUUUGCCAGUGCUGUCGAUAGAAAUAAUUUCAAAACAUGCGAACAGAGCAGCUUUUGCCGUCGCUGUCGGAAAGUCGAACCUGGCAAGACGCCUUACAAGCUACUGGAUACAGUUGAAAUUGGAGAGACAGAAUUUAAUGGCGAAUUAUUCAACAAGGACACAGGUGUGUUUUAUACUCUGCGGUUGACCGGGCUGGCAGAUAAUACAUUCAGAGUUCAAAUAAAUGAGAAAAAUCCUCUGCAUCCAAGAUACGAAGUGCAAGGGGCGCUUCAGGGUGAUCCUGUACCUGCCAAAAUAAAGGUGCUGGAGAGAACUGCCGAGUACAUCGUUCUGGGCAAUGAGAAUAAUUCUAAGGCUAAACUGAUAUUUGAUCCACUUAGGAUCGACCUAUUCUUAGGGGACAAACUAGUUAUAUCCGUCAAUGCCAGAGGACUAAUGCGCUUUGAACAUCUACGGACCAAAUCGCAACCAACAGCAGAAGGCGAAGGGGGAGAGAAAUCUGCUGAAAGUAACCCAGAAUACCCUGGAGAUGAUGCAGAGUCAGAUCCUGGUGCAUGGGAGGAGAAUUUCAAAUCACAUCAUGACUCAAAGCCCUUUGGGCCUGAGGCUGUUGCUAUGGAUUUCAGUUUCUUUGGGGCAGAAAAUGCUUUUGGAAUUCCUGAACAUGCAGGAAGUUUUGCACUGAAAUCAACGAAGAAAUCAGAUCCUUAUAGGCUUUACAAUCUCGACGUUUUUGAGUACGAAAUUGAUGAUUUCAUGGCGCUGUAUGGAGCAAUUCCAGUCCUGUAUGGUCACGGAAAAGACGUAACAACAGGAGUCUUUUGGCAAAAUGCAGCUGAAACUUGGGUUGAUAUAACCUCAAAUUCUGACAACAAUGUUGUCGAAAGUAUAGUCAAAUUUGUUUCUGGAUCAACCAAAGACCCACAGGUCGAUGCUCACUUCAUGUCCGAAUCAGGCGUCGUUGAUAUUUUUCUAAUGCUGGGUCCCAAGCCACUCGACGUCUUCAGACAAUUUACCCGACUUACCGGAACCGCACCUCUGCCACAGAUUUUUGGUCUAGGGUACCACCAAUGUCGAUGGAAUUAUAACGACCAAGAUGACCUUCGAAACAUAGCAGAAACUUUCGACAAAUAUGAUAUGCCUGUAGAUGCGAUGUGGCUAGACAUUGAAUACACCGAUAGCAAGAAAUACUUCACUUGGGACACGCGCAGGUUUUCAGAACCUUUAGAAAUGAUUCGUAAUUUGACAGACAAAGGAAGGAAGCUUGUUGUUAUCAUAGAUCCACAUAUAAAGAGGGACUCCAACUAUUUUUUGCAUAAUGAAGCAACUGCGCGCGGCUACUAUGUUAAGCACAGAGAUGGCAAAGACUACGAAGGAUGGUGCUGGCCUGGAGCAUCAUCUUACCUAGACUUUUUCGAUCCUGUUGUAAGAGAAUAUUACAUGGAACAGUAUAGCCUUGAUAAAUUCCAAGGAACUACUAAUGACGUUUAUUUGUGGAACGAUAUGAAUGAACCAAGCGUUUUUAACGGCCCUGAAGUCACUAUGCCGAAAGAUCUGGUGCAUCAUAAUGGAUGGGAACACAGAGAUGUUCACAAUAUCAAUGGUCUCAUGUUCACCUCAGCUACACAUGAGGCUCUCUUCAAGAGGUCCGGCGGGUCUCUACGUCCUUUUGUUUUAACCCGGGCAUUUUUUGCGGGAUCCCAGAGAUUUGGUGCGUUGUGGACGGGAGAUAAUUCCGGGGAAUGGAGUCAUUUGAGAAUCUCCUUUCCCAUGUGUCUAUCGUUGGCUGUAUCUGGGUAUUCAUUUUGUGGAGCAGACAUAGCAGGCUUCUUCAAAAAUCCAGAUGUUGAGCUAUUCACGAGAUGGAAUCAGGCCGCUGCCUGGCUGCCCUUCUUCCGUCAGCACUCUCAUAUUGAGACCAAACGUAGAGAACCUUGGACAUUUGGGGAUCAGACUACGGCAAUUAUCAGAGAGAAUCAUAGAAAACGCUAUUCAUAUCUUCCUUUAUGGUACACGCUGUUCAGGGAACAUGAAAUUACUGGCUCUCCAGUAAUCAGACCAAUCUGGGCUCACUAUCCCACUGAAUCUCAGGCUUUUACCAUUGACGACCAAUUGCUUGUCGGGGAUUCUCUUCUCGUUCGUGGAGUUCUGGAACAAGGUGUUAGUGAAGUUAGCGUUUAUUUCCCUGGAGAGGGUAAAGUCAACUGGUACGAUAUCGAUACAAUGAAAGUAUACAAACACGCUGGAGCCUUGAGCAUACCGGUAACCAUGGACAGAAUCCCAGUAUUCCAGAGGGGAGGAAGCAUUGUUCCCAAGAAAAAUAGGCCACGCAGAAGUACUGUUGCCAUGAAGGACGAUCCGUAUACUCUGAUUGUUGUGGCAGAUGAUGCUGGACAGGCUUCUGGCACCUUGUAUAUCGAUGAUGAAACCAGUUUCGAAUAUCGCCAUGGAAAAUACCUUUACAUUAAAUUCACCUUAGAUGGAAAAAAACUGACCUCCAGUCUAAUCGACAAACUGGCUACUUACAAUACCAAGAGUUGGCUAGAGAGAGUAGAUGUCGCUAAUCCACCUAAAGGCAUUAAAUCGGCAAAGUUAACUUCUAAGAAUCUAGGCGUCAUCGAUUUGGAUGCUAAAUACAACCCUGCGAACAACGUCCUUACUAUCCGUAAGCCUGGAGUCAACAUGGGAGAGAGCUGGAGCAUAGAAUUAAUCAACUAGUUAUGAACUCAAAUUCAAUUCAUGAUAGUAUAAAAAUAUAUCUGCAUAUGUCACAGCAGAGAAAUGUCAUUACAGUUUCUAGAUCAUUCCUCGAAAAUAUACAUACCUAGAUGCAAUAUUGCAAGUAUGACAGUGAGUUAAAGUAAAUAGAUGUGUGAUCGGUAUCGUGAUUUACACUUUUUUAUCAAUAAACACACCGGACCAUAUCUUUGAAGCAAGUUGUGUAAUGCUGUGUUGGAUUUACCAUUAAGAUGAUAAAAACACAUUGAAAUUAUA